AUGACCAAUAGCAUUCCUGUUGACGGUAGCGUAAUGGACGGAAGCGUUUCGAUCGACGGGCAGCUUUCGCCCUAUUCGCACCACGGCGUGCACUGCGCGCUCGCCCUGUCGCACGUUCUUCUCGGCGGGCGGUUGCGCGCGGCGACCAUCAUUUUCUCGCCCGUGUCUGGGUCCAUUCUCCACGUGGCCCCAGGCAUUCUUCUGCACGCGGACGAAGUUAUCGCGCGGUUUGACGUGGGCGAGCUCCGUGACGUGUCGCCCAAAGUCAUCAUGCCCGGUUUGGUCGACGCACACGUACAUUUGAAUGAGCCUGGCCGCACCGAAUGGGAAGGUUUUGCCUCGGGCACACAAGCCGCUGCCGCGGGCGGAGUCACUACAGUGGUGGACAUGCCGUUGAACGCAGUGCCGCCCACCACCACCGCCGCGCACUUUGCCCAAAAAAUCGCCGCCGCGCGCGACCAAACUUGGGUUGACGUUGCCUUCUGGGGCGGCUUGGUGCCAGACAAUUUGGACGACUUGCUCCCUUUGAUCCGCAUGGGCGUUCGUGGAUUUAAAGGAUUUUUGAUUGAUAGCGGUGUUGACGAGUUCCCCGCCAUUACGCCCCGGUACAUCGAACAGGCUAUGCGUGUGGUGGAAGGCGAGCGUACGGUUUUGAUGUUCCAUGCGGAGAUGCAGCCCCAUAACCGAGUGCCAGUCUACGUGGAGCAAAGUGCGGGCGCGCCCCGUUUGGUGCGCGCUGCGUUUGAGGUGGGCGAAGACGAUGAUGAAACGCCCGACAUCAGCGACCAUGAAAGCCACGACGCCUACGUUAAUGGCCACGAGAGCAAUGGCGUUCUUGGCAAAGAGCUUUCGAAAGCAAACGUGGUGAAUGGGGCCGACGACGUGGAAAGUCUUGAACGCACAAAAUCGUCAGAGUCGCUUGACGCUUUAGACCUAGGCAUGUCUGCGUCCUUCAUUUCGCGCGCACCGGCGCCCGUGGUGGAGCUUCUUGAUUCGCACCGCGCGCCCAGCUCGGAUCAUGCGCUCUGCCGCUUGCCCCAUAACCACGCGGGCCUGAUCCAGCCACAGGAUCUUUCCCAUGAACAAGCUCUUGCGUUGGCCAAGUCGCCAUAUCUUCAGGCGUCGGAGCCCCAAUUUGGUCGGCUUGCGCGCUUGGCCAACCCAAACCACGACCAGCUUGCGCGUAACCAGUUGACACUGCCGCUCGCGAAGCCGCUCGACUUUGACUCGCACAAACUUCUUGAAAACGCAACCGACCCAUUGCUGUUGGCCCGUGCCGACGACCAUACUUUGGACUCGGUCGAUGCCACUUUGUACGCGUCGUUUCUUGCCUCCAGACCCGACAGCUUUGAAACCACAGCCAUUGCCGAAAUCAUCUCUUGUCUGAUGCAGAACCCGCGUGUGCCGCUCCAUAUUGUGCACUUGGCCACCCAUGAGGCGGUGCCAUUAGUGCGCGCGGCCCAAGCUCGAGGCUUGCCUGUUUCUGCGGAAACUUGCUUCCAUUAUCUUUCGCUCUCGGCGGAGAAAAUAUCAAACUGCUCGACACACUUCAAAUGCUGUCCGCCCAUCCGGACAGAUGCCAACCGCAGACUUUUGUGGCGGGCAUUGCGUAACGGCGUUAUUUCGACUGUGGUUUCCGACCAUUCACCUUGCACGCCGGACUUGAAGGGCUUGGACAAGGGCGACUUUUUCUCCGCGUGGGGCGGCAUUGCAUCGGUGGGCUUUGGCUUACCCAUCUUGCAUACUGAAGGCCAGAAAAUGGAUCCGCCUGUUACCGUGGCCGAAAUCAGCGAAUGGUGCCUGUGGAACACCGCCAAACAAGUGGGUUUGUCUCACCGCAAGGGGAAAAUCGCCGUGGGAUACGACGCCGAUUUAUGUGUAUUUGACCCAGAAGCAGAGUACGAAGUGAGUAAUGCGGAAACUUUCUUCAAGAACAAAUUAACCGCCUACGAUGGAAUGCGUUUGCGCGGGCGCGUGACGGAAACUUGGGUUCGCGGCCGCACUGUUUUCACUUUGAAGGCCGGGCAUUCGCGCCAGGCCUUGGGCCGGUUGAUCUUGGAGCCCCGCACAACAUGA